AUGGACGCAGUGGAAGAUAGAUAUGUACGUAAAAUGUACUCACCGGCUGCGGUAAUCAGCCACCACCAGCAGCAGCAGGCGGUUACGAGCGCCCGAGCGCCGGCCAUUUCAGCGGCAGCGCAUGACACGCGCGCUCUCGCCGGCCGCCCCGGCGGACUGAGCGCCGCCCCGCACGAUCGAUGCUCGCUCGCGCCUCUCGGACACGCACCCUCCCGACCGAGUCGCCGGCCCCACCCCGCCGAACCCCGCUGCCAUUUUCCGAGUUUCCUUAGAGAGCGCGCGCGCUGCCCUCUUUUCUGGCGGAUCGCUGACCGCCCCUAA